ACCCCCUUCUCUCCCACACUCCAACCCUAACCUUAUGUCUGUCCCAUGCAAAUUAUUAACUCCAGCCUCAGGCCAUCAAACAUCCUUAUAUUGCUGGUUGAGAGCCCAGAUCACUGCAGAGAAUUCAGACUGCAAAAGUGAAGAGACGAAGAAUAGUUAUGCACAGCAAAGAAGACCUCAGAUAUGAAGAAUGUGAGGAGACGGCUCGAUGGCUCCUGGACCAGAUCCAGUCUCCCCCGGACAUCGCUAUAAUCUGUGGUUCUGGUCUGGGACUCCUUGCAGAUACAUUAAGCAACCCCAAAAUCUUUGACUACAGCCAGAUCCCUCAUUUUCCAACCAGUACAGUGGUAGGACACUCGGGAGAACUGGUGUUUGGCACUCUGCAAGGCAAAUCAUGUGUCUGCAUGAAAGGUCGAUUCCACGUCUAUGAAGGAUAUCCCCUGUGGAAAGUCACUUUCCCAAUCCGAGUGUUUAAGCUGCUGGGAGUAAAGGUCCUGAUGGUGACAAAUGCAGCGGGGUCACUCUGUGAGACGUACAGACCAGGAGACCUGAUGAUAAUCCGGGAUCACAUCAACAUGCCAGGACUGGCUGCUCUGAACCCUUUGAGAGGUCCCAACGAUGAGAGGUUUGGGCCACGGUUUCCCUCCCUCUGGGAUACGUAUGACCGUGACCUGCGUCUAACUGCUCUGGAAAUCACCCGUAAGCUUGGUCAAUCAGACCUAACCCAUGAAGGGGUUUACUGCAUGGUAGGAGGGCCAAACUUUGAGUCAGUUGCAGAAGCCAGAUUUCUCCAGCGGCUGGGAGCAGAUGCCGUGGGUAUGAGUACGGCCCCAGAAGUUGUGGUUGCAAAGCAUUGUGGGAUGCGAGUGUUUGGUCUAUCACUGAUUACAAACCGAGUGGCACAGGCCUACGAGAUGCAGGAUUUGGUGAACCACAGCAGUGUCCUGGAAGUGGGGAAGCAGCGGGCGCAUCUCCUACAGAUGCUUAUCACUGAACUGGUGAAUAGUGUCCAGAUCAAGGAAGAAAAGCAGGAGCCAGCAGCAUAAGGCGGCACAAAGAAAGGCGCAGGCACUAACCACCAUGUUGGGGAUGAUACAUCAGAGCCGCCAUAGUCACCUGACUCUAGUUUACAGGGGCUACUGCAACCUGGAAGACCAUAUAAUACCCUUGUAUCAUAUACUGCUGUAUACUGUGGAUAUAAAGCAUGUGACAUUACUGAAAUAAAAGACGCUGAUCAGAAAGUAUAAUGUGAUUUAUAUAUGUGUAUGCCACCAACACUACAACUCCUAACAUGAGCUGUUGUAUCUAAUCCUGUCACAUGUGAUACAGUCUUCUUAGCUGUAUAUUUAAUCCCAUAAUCUGUAAUAAUGUUGUAGUGAUGCUGUAUCUAAUCCAGUUAUGUGUGAUACUGUCUGCUGAGCUGUGUGUCUAAUCUGAUCAUGUAUGAUAUUAUUGGCUGAGACAUGUAUCUAAUCUGGUCAUGUGUGAUACUGUUUGAAAGAAACACACAAACCUUCAUGGGUCUGUAGGUGGAAAAUUUAAAGUGUUAGGAUUAUUAGAAGGUGAGGAGAAAAAAAAAAACAUGAAAAAUUCCUGUGUCCUCAAGCGGUUAAUCUUGGUAUGUGCGAUACUGGAAAGUGAACUGUGUAUCUGAUCCUAGUAUGUGUAAUACAGGUGCUAUUUCCUGUAUCUAAACCUAUCAUCUGUGAUACUCUCUCAGAAAACAGUAUAUCUAAUCCUAUUAUGUGUCAUACUAUGGCUGUGCUGCUGUAUCUGCUGAGUGACAUCUAAACAGAUUUAUCAAAACCUGCAUAGAGGAAAGUUAACCAGUUGCCCUUAGUAACCUAUUAGAUUGCUUCUUUAAUUGGAAAGAAUCAUCUGAUUGGUUGCUGUGGGCAACUGAUCAACUUUUACCCUGUGUAGGUUUGAUAAAUCUGCCCCAUAUAUGUAGCAUAUAUGCAGCGUAUAUAAUGCUGCGCAAGAUCUGCUGCACAGUGGGAAAUCCGCUGUGUAUUCUAUGAGCAGACACACAGGGCUACUCAUUGGAGAACACGCAGAGCAUUUCCCACUGCACAGCGUGAAAUACGCUGCAUAUAAGCUACAUGUGUCCCUACCCUUAGGCUAUGUUCACACACUAUUAAUUUAGCUGUUUUUGUAACCAUUGGGGGAAAAAAAAUCAGUUUUUGAAAACUAUGUACACGUAUGUUCAUAA